AUAUUAUACGUCUAUGGUCGAGACUCCAGCUCGUCAACAAGCCGUGUUUAUAAAAACAAUCAUAUAUGCACGUUGCUCCGUAUUUGCAUUCGUGUUUUUUUUUUUUUUAAUUAUUCGUAAGGAAUGAAUAGAGUUGUGAAGGAUACGCUUCAAGAUUGUGCAAUACGCCACUUUCAAGACAAAUUUCAUUAAUCGCUGCGUCGAGUAUGUCGCAAAGUGCGCAGAUCGAACGAGAUCCCGCGGAGAUGGAAUCGCAGAGUGUUCACCAGCAAUUUUCGCACCAGCCGGAGACCAGGGGGUUCGAUCUCGUGGCUGGAAACACAUGGAGAUACCCGGAAAAUUACCCGAUCCGCCAGUACCAGUAUAACAUAGUCAAGUCUGCCUUGUAUCGCAAUACCCUGGUCUGCUUACCCACCGGUUUGGGAAAGACCUUCAUCGCCGCCGUUGUUAUGUACAAUUUCUGGAGGUGGUAUCCGUACGGGAAGAUUGUAUUUUUAGCGCCUACAAAGCCUCUGGUUGCCCAACAGAUCAAUGCAUGUUACGAAGUGAUGGGGAUACCGAGCGAGGAUAUGAUAGAACUGACAGGUGCGGUGAUCCAGAAGAAUCGGGAAAAAGCCUGGCACAAGAAGAGGAUAAUAUUUGCCACUCCUCAAGUAUUUCAUAAUGAUCUCGAAAAAUCAUCAGUGCCGAGUUGUUUGAUCAAGUGCGUCGUCGUGGAUGAAGCUCACAAGGCCUUGGGCAAACACUCGUAUUGUGAGUGUAUCAGAAUAUUGUUCACUCAAAAUCAGUACUUUAGGAUAUUGGCGCUAUCCGCUACGCCUGGAAAUAAAUUAGAUAAUGUUCAUGAAGUAAUACAGAAGUUAAACAUCUCCCAUUUGGAAUUGAGAGAUGAAAACUCAAUCGACAUACUGCCAUAUGUUAAUAAAAGGAAAGUAGAUAUUAUUUUGGUGCCUCUUAGCGACGAAUUAGCCACGUUCAAAGAGAAAUACAUCACUGUCAUGGAUCGCCACGUUAGAUUUCUUAUGCAGUGUAAUGUACUACAAGGUCAUACUGCAAAUAUAUCUAAAGGAAGGGUAUUCUAUUUAUUGAAGGAAUUUAAGACAAAAACGGAUAAAUCUGGAAAUUAUGGGCAAAUUAUGAAGACAUUGAACAUAUUGUUAUCUAUGUAUCACGCUUAUGAACUUAUGAUCAGGCAUGGAUUGCGUGCCUUCUGCAAAUUUUUUGAAAAUCAUUCUGAUAAGUUUUGGAUACAUAAUGAAGAUCUGUUACGAGAUUUACUACAGGACAUAGAAGCUUAUCUCGGGCCGUUUCCAAAAUUAUAUCCCAAUGGAGAUGUGUCUGAGAUACCGGCGAACAUGGUAUUUGGACAUAAUAAAUUUUAUAAAUUAAAAGAGUUGCUUGAACAUCAUUUUAAUACCAACAGUGGCGAUCAAAAGGAUACAAGAGCUAUAGUUUUCGUCGAGUACAGAGAUAUAGUCAAUGAAGUAUAUAUUUUACUCUUGCAAUCGAAACCAAUAAUUAGGCCACAGAUGUUUGUUGGCCAAGCUGGUCAGAAGCAGAAGCAACAAAUAAAAGCAUUGGAUGAUUUUCGAAGCAAUCGUGUCAAUGUGUUGAUUUCAACGAGUAUAGGUGAAGAAGGAUUGGACGUUGGGGAAGUAGAUCUGAUAAUAUGUUUCGAUGUAUCGCAGCAUUCCCCGAUAAGGUUGGUUCAAAGAAUGGGCAGAACAGGACGCAAACGAGAUGGCCGUAUAAUUGUUCUUGUUACGGAUGGGAAGGAACACGAGAAUUUGAAGUCUACGCUUUCCAGAAGGGACUCCCUGAACAAUAAAAUAUUAAACACGAGCAACAUAUCUUCCUCCUUGUAUAACAAUAAUCCUAGAAUGAUACCAACACAAUGUAAUCCGGAAUGUCAUAAGAUACAUAUUACAGUACUACCAAAAGUGCCAAGUAUAAAAGAUAAAAGAAAGAGGAAGAAUGUCAAUAAAAAGAAUGAAGCAUGUAAUAUGAAAGAAACCUUACCUAAAAAGGAAAAUACAGGUCAAACAUUGAUAAAGAAGUUUCUUACUGAUAGCAAAUGUAACGAACAGAACCAGGAUAAAACAUACAAUAUUCUUACUCAGUUAACAACGCAAAAUGAUAAUAAGCAUAAUACGAUAAAUCCUGAUAAUGUCAAAUUGUUAACUGAUGAUGACGCGGGGAUCGAAUUCUUGACUUUAUGCGCAGUAAAGAAGUCGGAGGAAGAAAUGUCUUCUGAAGCUGUGCCUGAAAUGGAUACAACUUACAUUCCCGCGCCAAAACCAGUUAAAGAUUUAUUCAAUUUUGUAGUACCCGAUAUAGAAGUUAUUAAUUCUAUAUCUUUUUUAACGGAAGAUUAUUUAACGCAAUGUAAAGACUACGAAGAAAAUUUAUCGAUGCAAUGUAAAAACAAUGAGGAUGAGGAUAUUCAUGAGACUGAUGAUAUUAUUAAUUCUGAUAACGAUAACUUUUGGUGCACUGUGCGAAACGAGAGGAAUGUUGAUAAUAAUGAAAUAAAAUUCGAAGAUCUACUUGAUGAGAGUUCUGAUUCGGACGACACAGCAUUCUUGUAUCUAAGUCAAAGAAUUAUAGAUAUGGAGUUAAGUAACACGAAUGAAGCUUCUACGUCUGGCAUGAGAGAGGAUAACAAAAUAACUGGCACGGAAACCGAACUAUCAACCAGUAAGCUAGAAGAUUUGGAACCCACCAUAUUUGAAAACAUAUUAAAUGAGUCAUUUAGUUCAGUUGAAGACGAUUUAGAAGAUAAGGAUGAUACGCCAUUGCGGAAUAUCGAAUCUCCAAAUCCGGCAAACGUUCUUACUAAAAAUUCAGGAGAAAGCAAUGUGAUGCAUGAGACUAACAUCGGCACCUCGCUUUUACAAAACAAAGAUAAUGUUGCUGGAACUAAUCAGAAUCUGCCAGCAACUAUGAAACUCACCAAACCUCAUCAAGUGAAUAAAUUUGUAAGUUUGCUAAACGAAAUACAAGAUAUUGACUUUAAUAGUGACGAUGAUAUAAGCGAAUUUGUCAAGUGCGACUCUAAUAAAAAUAAGUCAACACGUAAUUCCAAAGCAGAAGAGAGUUUGUUGUCCGUCACUCAAGCUAUUGGCGAGAUAACACGUGCGAAACAAAACUUAGAAACGUCAAGGAAAAUAAGCAAAAAAGAAGAUAGCGCAGGCUCGAUUUCAGUCGAUAUUAGAGGUGAAAUUAAAAUUGGGGAAAAUGAGACAAAUUCGAGGACAGAUAACGUCACGUUAGCAAAUAUGCAUUGCAAUUCUGCUGUUAAAACAAAUACUGUUAAACAAAACUUCAAUGAUUUCCUAGAUGAUUCCGACGAAGACUUUAUGAUUACGGAGGAUAACGCUAAAAAAUUUAAUGAGCUUGAAAGCUGUUAUUUUCGCAGUUCAUCAAAAAAUUCAGAAGACGAUAUUAGUUGCAUACCCAGUACAUCGACAAACUCAGAAAUUAAAAACGGAUAUUUUGAUAAUAUAUCGAAAAACUUGACAACUAAAGAUAUUUAUUUCAAAGAUACGUCGAAAAAUUUGAAACCGUGUGGUAUGUCAACGCCGAAAAGUCAUAGAAUUCGUUCGAAAUUAUCUUUGAAACGAAACAAAGCCCAGCAAGAUUCGAUAGAUUUGAGUGUCUUCAAAGUACCUGAUAAAUGUGUUAGUAACAAAAAAGACAAAAGUCUUUUAAAAUCUCGCGCUGAUACACCAGAGCAGAGCACAUCAUCGGACGAAGAAUUCGUGCGAAAAAGUAAUAACAAUGCCAGAAAUGCAUUUAUAGAUGAUGAAGCGGAGGUAGAGUCUGACGUCAGUUCGGACGAAAUUGUUAUUACAGACGACGAGGAUCUUGCAGAGUUCAUAAGCUAUUCACAAGACCAUCAAGAUCAAGACAUGCAUGCGCAUUAUCUGCAAACUAUCAAGAGCCCAAUAAGGAGACCAGGCGCAUUUCAUUUCAGGACACCGCGAUCACCCGCUCCUGAUAUAGAGAUUUACUCGCAGGUUUCACCACGAAUGCAAGACUCGUAUGUUAACGAUUCAUUUUGCGUUGAUGGAGACACUGAGUCAAGCACACUCGCUCACAGCGACUCGCUAUUAGAUAAACUAGAAAGAAAAUUAGAGCAAAACAGACGAAAACGUAUCCGUUCUAACAAAGGUACGAAAAACGCUAAAAAGAUGAAAAGGAUUAUUUUAAAUUAUUCUGUAAGUAGCGAGGAUGAAAUCUAAUAGCUAUAUGUACGAGUGCAGGAAGGACUGAUUAUGAUUAAAUAAAAAUAGAAUCAAGCUGUGAUGCGUUUAUGAUUAGUUAUGGAGUGCAGAAACGCAUUUCCAAUAGAAAAGAAUGUGAAUACUUAUUAAAGAUUUAUAUGUAUUUUGUACAGCGACGUUUUUGUAAUAAAAUUAUGUAAAGAUUUAUAUCAAUCAUAUAACACAAUGAUUUGUGAACGACAGCGUAUCUCCGUAUCCUCCUCUCGCAUGAAACACGUUUUUUCCGUUCAAAAUAUAUCUUUUUCGUCAUUUAUUAAAAAUCUAACUUACUAUCAUCACACGUUUUCCGUUUGCGAUAUACAUCUUUACAACUUAUAUCCGUUCAAACUCGAGUAUUGAUUUAUGAUUAACUUAUAGAUCUACCAAUAAUGUCUGUUAAAGUUGCCGUAAUCAAUAUAUCAUUUAUUUCAAUGGAAGCAAGUUGCGCAAAAAAUAAUUAUACGAUAUUGUAACGUAAAAGUUAUUCAAAUAUUGCUAAUUUGUUCAUUCAUGAUGCUGCUGAUUCAAUGUAAAACAAUGCGUUUAAUGCAAGUCCUAUCUUUAUCGUAAACUGUCAGCGCGCAGAUACCGAUAACUGGAGAUUCGGGCAUUAAGGUUUAUUAUAGGUUUGGAAGAAAACGCACUAUCUUAGAUAUGAAAGAGUAAAACCAAAUGGACAGCAAACCUAUCAGUAAAGAUACAUUUGUAGAAGUAUAUAUAAAGACGGAACGCAAGCUCUUCUGUUUUAGUUACCAUUUCUUACCGGGUGAAAUUACCUCGAGAUCGUUGAAGAAGCAAUACUUUAGAGGUCCAACUCUACAAAGCGAGAAAAGAUGUAUCGCGCAAUGAUUCUUUUAGGAUUGAUUGCUGUCGGAUUUGCAUCAACCGUCCCAAAUGUUAAAAGGUACCCCAGACAACAAGAACACACAAAAACGCAAACUCAACAACAGAUUGUGACACCCACCUCGGGAGCCCCAUUAGUUCCUGUGCAGAACAAGAAUGUGCCCGCCUUGGAAGUCGCAGUGCCUGUGCAAAACAAUAAUUUGCCCACGCAGGUUACAACAGUGCCUUGGGAGAAAAUCAAUUCAUUUUUCUCCAUCUUGAAGCCUUAUAUAUACAAAGCGAUGUCUUACGGCACUCAGGUUAGCAACUAUUUGUUGCAAAUCUUUGGGGCAAUCUUUAUCAGCACAACCUUAUUCGGCUUGGUUUGUUCGCACACGUCGGCCUGCUCUCUACUAGGAGUUAACCAGGUAACGGAAUUCGCCCGUACAUUCGCGUCACCGGAACACGUGAACGAUGUCACCUCGAUAAUCUCCACAGCGCUAGAAAAGUAUAAGAGUCAAUAGAAUGAAAGUAAGAAUCGAGCAACGACUUUUUAAUAUUAUACACCUUUAAUUUUAUGUAUUUUUUCGUCGAAUUUCUUUUGAUUACAUUUUUGCAUUUAGUAUCUCUCUUAUUUUGCACCUUACCUUAUAGUGUUACACGAUUUUUUGUGUUUGGCUUUUUAUAGGUAUUGUGAAUAAAUUGUUAGUAUUAGAUAAUGAUGUUCUACAACGAUAUACACGCGUUUCAAUAAUAAAAAUGAUCAAACCUU